AUGCAGUCAAAUGGCUGCCCUCAGCACAAUGGAGAGAGCGAGGAGGUAGCGUCGACUUCGCGACCGAAUGGUACCUGUUCUGCUACAGCUAAUGGUGAAGUGACGACACCAGAAGAUAAACAACAUCUUCUAAAAAAUAUGUCGAGGGCUGAUCAAGACGUUGUUCGAUUAAUCGGCCAGCAUCUGCGAGGACUCGGAUUGAAUCGCACUGCCGAGUUGUUGAUGUAUAUGAUGUGUAACAGUUCACAAGAUCUAAGGGAAACCUCAGAAUGGGAAGGAAAAGGAAUUGUAUCCAGGCAAAAACUUAUUGAAAAAUUACAAUCCUUUCUUCCACCCUCUGUGAUGUUACCGCCUCGCCGAUUACAGACUUUGCUUAGCCAAGCAGUAGAGCUGCAAACAGACCAAUGUCCAUACCACAAUACGAAACUUGACAAUAAUCUUGAUGCCAUCUCUUUACUCAUCGAUCACACUUGUACCAGGGAUCAAUUUCCAUGUAAUACAAUUCAAAUAUUAAACGAUCAUUGUGAUGAAGUUUGGUUCUGCCGUUUCUCUCCGGAUGGUACUAAGUUAGCAACAGGUUCUAAAGAUGGUACUUUGAUGAUUUGGGAUGUGGACAUAGAAUCAUUUGAAUUGACUAUACGCCGUGCAUAUGAAGGUCAUUCAUAUGGUGUCUCCUACAUAGCAUGGCAUCCUGAUAGCAAGUUUAUAAUUGCUUGUGGGCCAGAUGACUGUGCAGAGGUUUGGCUAUGGAAUGUUGAGACUAGUGAAUUAAAAGCUAAAAUGAGUCAGUCUCCUGAGGAUAGUCUUACAAGUGCUGCAUGGCAUGCUGAUGGUAAAGAGUUCUUUACAGGAGGCACCAGAGGGCAGUUUUAUCAAUGUGACCAAGAUGGUAAUUUUUUUGAUACUUGGGAAGGCGUUCGUGUACAGUGCCUUGCUUGCCAGCAUGAUGGGAAGACUGUUCUAGCUGCAGAUACACAUAACCGAAUUAGGGGCUACAACUUUGAAGAUAAAUCUGAUUUUCUCAUAUUACAAGAAGACCACCCCGUUAUGUCUUUCACUCUUGAUGAAACAGGGAAAUUAGCUUUACUCAAUGUUGCUACUCAGGGAGUCCAUUUAUGGGAUCUAAAGGAUCGUUGCCUUCUUCGCAAAUUUCAAGGUAAUUCUUUUGCCUUUUUUCUUUUUGUUCUUUUUUUUUCUUCCAUCUCUUUGUGUCUUUCUUCCCUCCUCCUUCUGCACGUCUGCUCUCUCUCAGAAGUGCCCAUAGCUGUGUUGGAAGGCCAUACUCGGACUGUCAAUUGUGUGCACUGGAACCCCAAAGUGCCUAGCAUGCUAGCUAGUGUAUCAGAUGAUGGCACUAUUAGGAUAUGGGGACCUCUUGAUAAAGCAAAACGAGAUAAUGAAUCUGGCAGAAGUACACCUCAAGCUAUCUACCAUUUUAUUUCUUUCCUUUUUCCUCUCCUCUCCUUCCUUCCUUCUCCUCUCCUCUCCUUCCUUCCUUCCUUCUCCUCUCCUCUCCUCUCCUUCCUUCCUUCCUUCUCCUCUCCUUCCUUCCUUCCUUCUCCUCUCCUUCCUUCCUUCCUUCUCCUCUCCUUCCUUCCUUCCUUCUCCUCUCUCUCCUUCCUUCCUUCUCUCUCCUUCCUUCCUUCCUUCUCCUCUCCUUCCUUCUCCCUCUCCUCUCCUUCCUUCCUUCCUCUCUCUCUCCUUCCUUCCUUCUCCUCUCCUCUCCUUCCUUCUCCUCUCCUCUCUUCCUUCCUUCUCCUCUCCUUCCUUCCUUCUCUCUCCUUCCUUCCUUCUCCUCUCCUUCCUUCCUUCUCCUCUCCUUCCUUCCUUCUCCUCUCCUUCCUUCCUUCUCCUCUCUUCCUUCCUUCCUUCCUUCUCCUCUCCUUCCUUCCUUCUCCUCUCCUUCUCCUUCCUUCCUCUCUCCUUCCUUCCUUCUCCUCUCCUCUCCUUCCCUUCUCCUCUCCUCUCCUUCCUUCCUUCUCCCUCUCCUCCUUCCUUCUCUCUCUCCUCUCCUUCCUUCUCCUCUCCUCUCCUUCCUUCCUUCUCCUCUCCUCUCCUUCCUUCCUUCUCCUCUCCUCUCCUUCCUUCCUUCUCCUCUCCUCCUCCUUCCUUCCUUCUCCUCCUCCUCCUCCUUCCUUCUCCUCUCCUCUCCUUCCUUCUUCCUCCUCUCCUUCCUUCCUUCCUCUCCUCUCCUUCCUUCCUCCUCCUCUCCUUCCUUCCUCCUCUUCUCCUCUCCUCUCCCAUAUAUAUAUAUAUCCUUUCUUCUCUCCUUUUCUAUCUAUGCUUAAUUCUCACUCUUUCUCUCUCUCCCCGCUUUUUUUCUUUUAG